AUGCAGUCCCUCGCUAACAAAUUGGUCAACCUGGCCACGUCUGCGCCGUCGGAUUCUCCCUCCGAUCCGGCUUCGCAGACAGUGUACCUGCUGCCAUUGACCGACUCCGGCGCGCCAGACGUGCCGGGCACAUACAUUUACCUGCCGCCUCCAACCGAGCCGGCAUACUCUGUCCGCUUCCAGAUCCAGGGUACCAGCUCGAUAUGUCGUAAAGGCAGUCUCUGGGUGAACAUCCCGGCCAAGGGCGAGAAGUUCGACCGCAGCAAGUAUCGCGAGUACAAGCUCAAGCCAGACUUCAACGGCACCACGGAAAUCGACGUACCCGUAUACGCUGCCAAUGCCUUCUCAUUCUACACAACCUACUCGCCGCUCCCACAAUGGUCGUUCACCGACGUUGCAUCACCAGAACCCACGCGAACAUCCACAUACUACAUCGAUGUAUGUCCGAGACUCACCCUCCAGGGCAAGCAAUUGCCCGUCGAGAGCGUCAUUGUCUUCUCCACGCUGUCCAAAUUCAUGGGCGAGUACCCCACAGAUUGGGAUAACCAUCUACGCGGCAUUAGUCAACGCGGCUACAACAUGGUUCAUUUCACACCCCUCAUGAUCCGUGGCGAGUCGAAUUCUCCCUACAGCAUAUAUAGUCAGCUCGAAUUUGACAAAGCUGUCUUUCCCAAGGGCGAAGCGGAUGUCGCGGCCAUGGUCGAGAAGAUGCACACUGAGUUCAGCAUGCUUGCCAUGACCGACGUUGUGUGGAACCACACAGCUAACAACAGCAAAUGGCUCGAAGAGCACCCAGAGUCAGGUUACAACGUCGAUACUGCACCCCACCUGCAGCCAGCUCUCGAGCUGGACACGGCGCUCCUGAAAUUCGGCAAGGAGCUGUCUUCGUACGGGCUUCCUACCAAAUUCGAGAGUGAGGCCGACCUCGUCAAGGUCAUGGAGAGCGUCAAAGAGAAUGUGCUUAGCAAGCUCAAGCUGUGGGAAUACUAUGUUGUGGACGUGGAAAGGGACGCCCAGGCAAUCAUGGAGAAGUGGAAAGCCGGCCAAGCCACUUUCCCCGAAGGCAGCUUUAGUGAAGCUGGUCUUCGUGGCCUCGAUGCCGUCAAAGGCUGGCCGCUGAAGCAGAAGGCCGACUGGCUCGUCGACCACGCGCUUCUCGGGGGCGACAGGAUGGGCGAGCGGUUUAGGCGCCGCAUCGACCCAGCUGCUGGAGCUGGUCUCCUGUGCGCUCUUUUCGGUCGCUUCGACAGCCGUACUAGUGAUACCCCAGACGAGCGCGCUGCAUCAGACGAGUGCACUCGCAUCUUGCAAGAGCUCAAUCUACCAUUCUACAAGGAGUAUGAUGGAGACGCGAAGGAGAUCAUGGAGCAACUCUUCAACCGGAUCAAGUAUGUCCGGAUAGAUGCCCAUGGUCCCAAGCUCGGUGAAGUCAACGAGAAGAACCCGCUGAUCGAGACGUACUUCACCCGUCUGCCGCUCAACGAUACCACCAAGAAGCACAACCCGGAAGCGCUCGCGCUUGUGAACAACGGCUGGGUCUGGGCCGCCGAUGCCAUGCGAGAUAACGCUGGUCCCAAGUCGCGCGCAUACCUAAGGAGAGAAGUCAUUGUUUGGGGCGACUGUGUCAAGCUCCGAUACGGAUCUGGCCCAGAGGACAAUCCUUUCCUUUGGGAGCACAUGGCCAAGUACACCAGGCUGAUGGCAAAGUACUUCCAAGGUUUCCGAAUCGACAACUGCCACUCAACCCCCAUCCAUCUGGCCGAGUACAUGCUCGACCAAGCCAGGCACGUCAACCCCAACCUCUUCGUCUGCGCAGAGCUGUUCUCUGGUUCCGAAGAGAUGGACUACAAGUUUGUCAUGCGCCUCGGCAUUUCUUGUCUUAUACGAGAGGCCAUGCAGGCCUGGAGUACACAGGAGUUGAGCAGACUUGUACACCGUCAUGGUGGUAUUCCCAUUGGCAGCUUCGAGACAGACGAGGUCCUCAAUGCCGACCAAGACGGCACAAAGUCGCACGCUAUUGUCAAGAAGAUCAAACGUAGUCCUGUACAUGCACUGUUCAUGGAUUGUACUCACGACAACGAGAUGCCUGCACAGAAGCGCGACGCUCGUGACACGCUUCCGACUGCUGCUCUGGUCGCCAUGUGCUCUUGCGCCACUGGGAGUGUGUUCGGCUUCGAUGAAGUCUAUCCCGAGCUCAUUGAGCUUGUCCACGAGAAGCGACUCUAUUCUUCGACCAACUCAACCGGCGGCCCCAUUAAGGCGCAAGCUGGUGAGGGUGGUAUUGGAGGUGUCCGGAAGAUCAUCAACGAAAUCCAUGUAAAAAUGGGCCAAGAGGAGUACACUGAGACGUACAUCCACCACGACCAGGAGUACAUCACUGUCCAUCGUGUCGACCCCCACACCAGGAAGGGCUACUUCUUGAUUGCACACACUGCAUUCCCUGGAUAUGGGAACGGUAAUGGAGGCUUUGGUCAGACAAAUCUGCCAGGCACGCAAGCAAAGCUCAUCGGCGCUUGGAAUCUGGAUGUCGAUAACAGCCAAGAGACCAGGGCUCGUGUCAUUGGCGACAAGACUACACUGCGCGGCCUUCCUGCCAGGACGAACAACCUUCAAGGAGUGAAGAUUGAGACUACCGGCGACUCGACCACGAUCAGCAUCCCAGACAAGUUCCCUCCUGGUAGCAUUGCGCUCUUUGAGACUUCGGUAGCGAGCGCUGAGCACGCCGAUGGCCUUGACAAGUAUGUAACGACCGGAGCGAGGGCAGCCUUCAAGGACGUCAACUUGGCCGACCUCAACUUCAUCCUGUACCGUUGCGACGCAGAGGAGCAGAAUGACUCUGACGGCAAGGACGGAACCUACGACAUCCCAGGUCAUGGCAAGCUUGUAUAUGCCGGCUUGCAAGGCUGGUGGAGUCCACUGCGCGACAUCGUCAACGACAACAACUUGGGCCACCCGAUCUGCAAACAUCUCCGCGAAGGUCAAUGGGCCUUGGACUACUGCGUCGGACGUCUUGAGCGCGCUGGAUCGAAGGGACAGUAUUCCCGCGUUAAGGAACCCGCCAAAUGGCUCAAAGAACGAUUUGAUGCUAUCCGCAAGCUGCCGAGCUUCAUGCUUCCGCGAUACUUCGCGCUCGUUAUCCAGGCUGCUUAUAACGCCGCGAUUGACCGUGCAAUUGAGCUCAUGGGCGAAAAUGUACGCAACGGCAACAACUUCCUGAAGAGUCUCGCCCUCGUCAGCGUCCAAGUAACAGGUUACGUGAAAGGUGCUUCUAUCUGGCCGGAGAAGAACGUACCCAGUAUGGCUGCUGGCCUUCCUCACUUUGCAGUCAGCUGGGCCAGAUGCUGGGGUCGUGAUAUCACGAUCUCAGCCCGUGGUCUUUUCAUGGCCACAGAAAGGUAUGAUGAUGCCAAGGAGCACAUUAUGUGCUUCGCAAGUGUUCUCAAGCACGGCAUGGUACCCAACCUCCUAGGAUCUGGCGUGAACCCGCGAUACAACUCCCGAGAUUCGGUCUGGUGGUUCUUGCAGAACAUUCAGGACUACACCAAGAUUGUGCCGAACGGUCUUGAUCUGCUCCAGGAGAAAGCUCCACGACGCUUCCUCCCUUACGAUGACACCUGGUUCCCUCACAACGACAAGCGAGCUUACUCGGUACACUCCACGAUCGAGGAUGUGAUCCAAGAAGCAUUACAACGACACGCUUCCGGAAUAGAAUUCCGUGAGUACGAUGCUGGCCCUAACAUCGAUAGCCAGAUGAAGCCAGAGGGUUUCGAUAUCAAGAUCUGGACCGACUGGGAGAAUGGUCUCAUCUUCGGCGGUAACCAGUGGAAUUGUGGAACCUGGAUGGACAAGAUGGGCGAAAGCGAGAAGGCCAACAGCAAGGGUGUUCCUGGCACACCCCGUGACGGCGCACCUAUUGAGAUGAUCGGCAUGCUGUACAGCGCUGUCCGCUGGUGCUCCCAGCUGUACGAGCAGGGCAAGUUCAAGUAUGAGGGUGUGACAUUGCCCGAUGGCAAGGAGACCAUCACGUACAAAGCGUGGGCCGACAAGAUCAAGGCAAACUUCGAGCGCGCCUUCUACGUUCCUCGGACUCCAGAAGAGGACAAGGACUACGAUGUCAACACCAAGAUCGUCAACCGUCGUGGCAUCUACAAGGAUCUGUACCGAUCCGGAAAAGAGUAUGAGGACUACCAGCUGCGGCCCAACUUCCCUGUCGCCAUGGCGGUUGCUCCGGAUAUGUUCGAUCCUGAUCAUGCUCGGUACGCACUGCAGAUGGCCGAUCGUGUUCUGCUCGGACCACAAGGCAUGAAGACGCUGGAUCCUUCUGAUCUCAACUACCGCGGGUACUACAUCAACAGCGAAGACUCGACCGACUUCCAUACGUCCAAGGGCAGGAACUACCACCAAGGCCCUGAAUGGCUCUGGCCAACAGGUUUCUUCCUCCGAGCCCUCCUCAAGUUUGACCUUCAACGACGGAAGACGCCUGAGGAGCGCGUCGAGAGCUACCAACAAGUCACACGCCGAUUGGCUGGAUGCAUGAAGGCUAUCCAGGAGAGUCCUUGGGCUGGACUGACAGAAUUGACGCAGAAGGAUGGUGACUUCUGCGGCGACUCGUCCCCAACACAGUCAUGGUCUGCUAGUUGCAUAAUCGACUUGUUCCAAGAUGCCCGCGAGUACGAGCUGGAUAAGGCGUAG